UUCGAUCCGCUAUAGUUCUCGAAAUCCCCUCAGUAAACAACGAAUUUUGCUCUCCCUGUAUAUUUAGGAAUUUCCGAUAUUACUGAAACUUUUUUUCAAAGAGAUUGAAAAUUAGAUUUCACUUAUAACAUGAAAAAAAGAAUAGGGAUGCGGUUCGUGCCACUAUCCUAUGACCAUUGAAAAUCGAGAACUUGCAAUCGAUUUUUUUUAGCUCUAACGGUUAUAGAGAUGCCAUUCAAUCCCAUCCCGAACAUGCCGAAUUUUGCCCUGUACAUUUUGGUUUUUCUGAAAACAUCGAUUGAAAUUUGACCGGAUGAACUCAUGAACUCUGCGAGGAAGUCAUAAAGUUUGACAAAUUUAUUCAGUACCUUUUCCCAAAGUAGGUACCCCUCGUCAAGUACACGGGAUAAUUUCAUUUAUGCAGGGCUCCGAAAUACUGACAUUUUUAUUGGAGCUUCAAACUGUACGCCUUUGAUUUUACACAUUGAAAUUGAAACAAGUCAAAAGCUUAUUCUGAACCUUUCUAUGAAUCUCAAGUUUCAAGGUGAUACACGAUCAUAUCAUAGAAACAUACAUCAACAAAAUCAACAAACCCAAAAAUACUGAUAGACAACAACUGAUUCAAAAACUCCAGAGACGCUUCCUCGACAACUUCAAUAUUAGCACAGUACCCACUUUUGUUGGUAACAGACUUUAUAUUCUCAUGAUUGACCUCGAGAAUGAAAACAAAACGGUGGACACUGAACCAGCGGAGGGGGUGCAGCUAUAUGGGAAUAUUCAUACUCAAAUUUCUAUAUGCUAACAUUAAUACCUAUGUCAACAAAAAAGGGCUGAUUCGACACUAUCUUGAGCAUAACAAUGUAGACUGCACAUUGUUUGUAGAAACUAAGACCAAAUCAACCACAAACAUUCAAUACAAGGAUUGGAGAACACUAUACAAACAUGGAAAUAUAUUGAACCAAAAUACUAGGGGAGGAGUAUUAGUUCAGGCUUCUAAUAAAGUGAAAAUCGGUAAAAACAACCCGCCCCACUUCAAUAACCCAUAGAACGAUGUCCUGCAUUCCCUUUCAAUAACGAUAAACUCCACUUAUUUCUAGUCUACAUACAUCACUCUAGCCAACUUGUAGAAGAGAACUUGUUGGUGAAAGCAUCUCAAUGUAAAUAUGGUAUAAUUGUAGGAGACUUCAACAACCCAAAUUGACAAUUUUCUCAGAAGCUCAGAUUUCAUCAAGAUUAAUACACCACCAACAUUCCUAAUGAAAAACAAUCCAGAUUCCACUCCAGCUCUGCUAAUGUGUACAAGAAAUAUAAGAGAUAAUAUUCUUAAUGUAACCCUCACCCCAGACUUAGGAUCAAAUCACCUUGGAAUCGAAUUCUUACUAGAUACAGGGAAAGAACCUGAAGAAUACACUCAAGAAACCAUAACACUUUAUGAAAAAUGCAACAUUGAAGAAGUGAAUAGAAGAAUGCUAUUCAUUGAACCCCAAAUGGAAAUCACUCCUGAACAUAUUACACUUUUCCACAACGCUUUAUCAAGAACAAUAACAGAGGAAACACCGACACUAAAGAAACAAUACUUCAGACAAACGCUGCCCCCCUACAUCAUAAAGCUGAUAAGAGCUAAAAAACACUUGUAUCGUGAAUAUCAGAGCAACCAAGAACCAAGCCUAAAACGAAAGUUCAAUAAACUGAACAAGGAUAUACACAAUAUGAUCUUGCAAUUCAGAUCCAAUAAAUAUCUAGAGGCAUGUAAAGAAAUCGAAGAUCAGAAAGGAAGGACAUAUUGGAGAACGAUUAAAAAAAUUGCAAAGUACUCAACCCACCAACUUUCAAAUCCGAUUCAAGUCGAUGGUGAAACUCUUACUAAGGAAAAAAACAUUGCUGACGCUUUCGCAAAACAUUUCGAAAAGUUGUUUAGAAGAGCUACAAACAAAGAAUUCGACGAGGAGCAUAGGAAACAGAUAGAGAAUUGGUAUGAGAAUGAACUACCUCACAUUUCGUUAGAGGACACAUUUGAGCCCAUAUCCGAGGAAGAAUAUUAAACGGCGUUCAACCAUGGAAAGAACACAACUCCUGGCUGCUGUUCAACACCGCAUUAGAAUAAGAAGUUGGAGCAAAUAUCGAGCCGCAAAGGGCCCCUGUGAAGAGCUAGGAUCUGGAGCAGAGCCUUCAAGCUAUCGCAGUUCGCUGUUUUCUUGAAAGUACAAAUUGUCAAUUAAGCAGAAGCAGAGUCAUCCAGCGAGGAAGAUGAGAGGGAGGCCUGGGUGUCCAGGUAUGAACCCACAGUGCCUAGUGGGGAAUUUACAGCGCUUCACGCAGCAGUGGAGAAUAAUGAUUUGGAGGGAGUAAUGACGCUUCUCCAAAAAGGAGCCUUCGUGAACAUUCAUGAUGAUUAUGGAUGUACUGCAUUGGAUAUGGCACUCGAGUUGGGGCAUUAUCAAGUCAUCAGACCUCUGGUGGAAUACGGCAGUGAAACCUUCAUUAUUAUGAACCACCUUCAGAGGCCAUUGAAGUGGGACGAAUGCCUCAACGAGCUGAUCAAAUCCGGGAUCAGCAUCACGAAGGCUUGCUUCGGACGUACGCUCCUUCAGAACAUAUUCCGGGACGAACCGAAGAACAUCGAAUUCAUCGAAAAGUUGUUGGAUUUAGGGGCCGACAUCAACUGCUUUGACUAUCGGAAAGAUGGCCUUAUCCACUCCAUGGCAAACAGCCUGAUGGAGAGGGAGGUUGGAUUGCCCUUGCUUAUGGUCAUAUUGAAGAGGGGUAUACAAGUGGAGACCUUAAACUUGCGAGAGCAAACACCUCUUCAAUUGGCCAUCAUAAAUCGCAAGGAGUUCAUGAUGCAGCCCCUACUGGAAUAUGGUGCUAUUAUUGGCGAUCCAACCUAUAAGUACCCUACUCUGUUGGAUGAGGCAUACGACAGAGGGAUGUUUGGCUGUUUGAAGGAGAUGAUAAGGCAUCUGAUAGUCAGGGAACUUCGAGGUGAAUUCGUGGAGGAAAAACUUGAGGUAAAGAUGGCUUCACCUCUUUACGUUAAGUUUUACCGGUCGUGUUUCGAUGAAAUUCAAGGAUUAAAACUGGAGAAAAUCUUGAAUACUCCAUAAACGUUUUAUGACUUGAUUUUCAAGUCCAGAAAAGUGUUUAUGUUCCUGAAGGAGAAAAAAAUAGUGGAGGAAUUGUCCAACAGCCUCAUUGCUUCCUCCUACCACUGCACCAUCAUUUUGGGUUGGGAACAUGCCAAACUCAGGAGGCACCUUGAAGACUCCGUACUUCAAAUUGUUCCUGAGGUCUUCCUUCAUCUUCCCUACCCAUGGGUCCGAACAAUGCUGGAGAAAGUUUAUGGGGUGGCUCUGGAAAAUUGGUUGAACUUUUACUCUGCUUCACAAGUUCCAGUUCAACCUUGAUGAUUUGGUGAGUUAUCCCUCAUUUUUAUUUUUAUUUCUUAGUAGUGCUGCAGAAAUCAGGAACAUUUCCACAAUGUGUUUCUGCUGAAAAAGUAGAUAUCAUCAUAGCAUGAUUUUAUUCUUUUUCGUUCUAUUCUAUCUAUCUUCGUUCAAUCUAUUUCAUCUUAUGAUAAUCGACAAUAUCAAUUUUCACGUUUUAUUUAAAUUCUGAAUUAUCAUUUUGUUAUUGAAUCUCGCUUGAAUAUUGUUGUUUGCACGUCCAUGAAUUUUAUUUUUAUUUUAACGAGGCUUUGAAGCAUUCUAUGUCGAUUUUUGCCAUAUACAGUCCCUGGCCAUAUUAUUAGACGCAUUGAUUCGAUGCAAAAUCUCAAUUAAACACGCUUCGGAAUUGGUUAUUAGGUUAUUGGUUUUUGAAUAUUGAAUUACAUAUUAAAUUGAAUGUAUACUUUAUAUAUACUUUAUCUGUAAAUGGUUUUCACAUAUAAUAUAUCCAUAUUCAAUAAAAAAU